AGUCUGGUGAUGUCUCUGUCAAGUGGAAAACAUGUCAGAGCAGUUGAGCUACGAAAUCCACAAAUAUUCCAGCUACUCCACGUCCUAUCUGCCUGAGAACAUCCGCGAGGACUGUCCCAGCAAUCAGACCAGCCGAUGGUCGUCGAACACCAACAGCCCCCCGCAGUUCCUCACGCUGAAGCUUCAGCGUCCGGCGAUUGUGAAGACCAUCAAGUUCGGGAAGUACGAGAAGGCUCAUGUCUGCAAUCUGCGGAAGUUCAAGAUCUUCGGCGGCCUGGAGGAGGAGCACAUGGUGCUGCUGUUCGAGGGCGGCCUGAAGAAUGACACGGUCCCGGAGAGCUUCACGCUGCGCCACACCACGGAUUCUGGGGAGUUGCUUCCGGUGCUGUUCAUUCAGAUCAUGCCGCUGCUGUCUUGGGGGCCCAGCUUCAACUUCAGCAUCUGGUACGUGGAGCUGCAGGGCCAGGACGAUCCCAUCUUCGUGCGCACGAGCCUGCAGAACUACAACACGCUGCGCGAGGUGGAAAUCGUGCGGCUGUGCCUGAAGCACUUCCGCCAGCAGGGCUACGAGGCCGCCUUCCGUCUGUUGCAGGAGCAGACGAAGGUGCUGCUGGAGCACCCCAUGAUGUCCAACCUGCACGACGCGCUCGUCAUCCGCGGUGACUUCCAGGAGACCGAGCAGUUUAUGCAGCAGUGCGUGGACGACGGUCUGCUGGACGCGUAUCUCUCGCAGCAGGACUACAAGGCGUCGUGGGAGCUGCAAGACGUGGCGGAGACGGAGAACCGCCCGGGAAUGCGCGGCGGGCAUCAGCUGGUGAUCGACAACCACAGCGGACUGAUUUACCUGUACGGCGGCUGGGAUGGCUUCGAGGAGCUCAGCGAUCUCUGGUGCUACAAUAUCAAGUCCAACGUGUGGCGCCUCAUUCACGCCAACUCGGAGAAGUUCGACGGCCCCACGCCGCGCUCGUGCCACAAGAUGGUCUUCGAUCCGCGCAGCGGCCAGAUCUUCAUCCUCGGUCGCUAUCUGGACAGCUCCAGUCGCACGAAGGAGCACAUCAAGAGCGAGUUCUACCUGUACGACACCACGCACCAGUCCUGGCUGCAGAUCUGCGACGACACGAGCCAAGUGGGCGGGCCGCAGCUGAUCUUCGACCAUCAAAUGUGCAUCGACGUGGACAAGCAGACGAUCUAUGUGUUCGGCGGCCGCAUCCUCACACCGCGUAACAUCGACGACAUGUCCAACGAUCCGCAGUACUCCGGGCUGUUCUCCUACCACAUCGCCACGAACAUGUGGACGCAACUGCUGGUGGACUGCGGUCAUCCCAGCGCCGCUCACUUCGACGUGCCCAGCAUCAAGUCACGCGUCACGCACUCGAUGGUCUUCCAUCACCGCCACCGCAAGCUCUACAUCUUCGGCGGGCAGCGCAACAAGGAGUACACCACGGACUUCAUCGCCUACGACGUGGACGCUGGCGAGAUGAACGUGCUGAGCGUAGACUCGGGCGCCGCGGGCGAGAAAAACGUGCCGCAGUCGGGCUUCGCACAGCGCGCCACCAUCGACUGCGACCGCGACGAAAUCUACGUGCUGUCUAGCCUGAGCAAGGACAAGGAGCGCCGCGACUUCAACGUCAACAGCUUGUGGCUGUACGCGCUGAAGCUGAACGAGUGGACGUGCAUCUACAAGUGCGACCACUCCACGGAGAACUGCUGCGCCAACAAGAGCCAGGCCAUGUGCACGGAGCCCUGUCCCAGGUACGCUCAUCAGCUCGUCUACGACGCCACCAACCGCAUCCACUACCUCUUCGGCGGCAACCCGGGCCGGAACACACUGCCACAGCUCAGGCUCGACGACUUCUGGGUGCUGAGGCUCGAGAAACCCAGUCGCCAGCAGAUUCUGCGUCACUGUAAAUAUUUAAUAAGAAGACUGGAAUACGAGGAGAUAACCAAGAGUGACCCACUGAAGGCUGUCAAUUAUCUUCAGACAAGACUGCAUGACAUUAUCGACCACAAGGACCCCGAAGAGCUCAAGGAGUUCCACAAGCUAGCUUCGCUGCUCUUCAAGUGCGAUGACUUCCAGACGGAGAACAGCAGUCCUCUGAUGACCGUGCCGCUGGGCACCACAUCAGCCUUCCUCCCGGACAAGGGUGACUCGCCCUCGGGCGCAGCCGCCGCGUCCUCGCCCUCGUCCUCAGCCAAGGCGGACAUGUCGUUCAACGUGAAGAACCAGCGCUACUUGCUCUUCAAUAAGCUGGUGAAGCUCCUGCCGGAGAAUAUGGUGCAGCCGAAGGGCAACUUGAGCGACUUCGUCCUCAUCUGAGGCGCUCCUCUGCCAUGUCUGCGGAUCGCGGAUAUUCAUAUGCGUUGUCGUGGAAAUAUACUCGAUUUAGGCACACACUUUCGCAUACGUUUCACAGCAUAAUAUAUUUACUCUCUAUAUACAAUUGCAUGUCCUCUUAUCUGUGCGUUUUGCGUUGUUCCGUGUAAAUUCUUCCUUACAAAAAGUAUCCUUGCAGCCAAACUAUAUAAUAGCAUGUUCUCGAAAAUGCAUAUUAACAGGAAAGAGUGUAGAAAUAUCCAUCAACAGUGUACAUUUUUCAAUUUUAUAAAAUCUCCAGGUUUUAAUAUAUUUUUAUGUUUAUGUAAAAUGCAAAAGUGUUUCAAUCACUUCAACUGCAUUCACAUUUUCGUGGGAUUCACUAGUAGUGUGAUGAAAUAGAAGAAUCCAUCGUUGAAAUUUGAAUGAGUUGACAAGCUUCUGUGUCCGCCGCUGGAGAAAUCUCGGCGCUGCUAACGGUUGCUCAUGUUUCAUGAAA